CGAGGUUCCUUGGGCAAAAGGGGUGUUACAACCCCCCUCCCCUAAAAAUCAGUCAGUUAAAAAAAAAAAGGAAAAAAAAAAAAGACGCGAGAAAAGGAUGCCCGAAAUGGCUUCCAACCACAAACCCAUCCGCUCUCGGUUCUCCAGUCCGUUACAUUCGACUUCGCCUUCCGGUUAUAACGGUCAAAGAUCAUUCAUGCAAAAGUGGCUCGAACCUCCGGUGCAGAACAAAGCAAGCUUUCAGGAGGCAGGAUUGAUUAGAGGAGGAGUGGUAGAGAACAUGGCACCUCUAGGAACAUUACCAAAGGCAGCUAUGCAUAAAAAAUCUCCUGUAAAUGGAGAUGCAUUGCCUACUCCUCCGGUAAAGACGCGGAUUGUGUUGAAAAAGCCAUAUGUUGCUCCGACGGUGGCGGAGAGGACACCGAGUAGGAGAGAACGGUCGGCGGAAGAGGCGGGUGGAGAAGUGGAAAUGGUGGAUGCAAUGGAUUCAAUGGAUGCAGUGGAUGUAGUGGAUGCGGCGCCAUUAUCGCCAUUAUCCCAGCCUCUCCUUCCAAUUUCAAUUAUGGACGAUGGAGAAGACGAAGAAUACGUGCCUAAAAAAUCAAAGGUGCGACCAACGACCAACCAGGGCAACCAGGGCAACCAGGGCGGUUCAGUUAAUCAAGUCACCCCGAACAACGCGCGAAGGCAUUCGGCUAGGCGGCGAAGUGCACGAACCAGCCCUGCACCAGCAGCACCAGCAGCACCAGUUGAUUCCUCACCCAUUCAUCUUGCAACCACACAUGCAAAUGCAAACGCAACCUCAACUGCAACUGCAACUAAACCGACUUCAAUUUCAUCUUCAAUUUCAACAAAAACAACAACAACUCCAAUGACAGCUAAAGUUGCAACUACAGCUGCGACCACAACCAAAAUUGCAAACACCCCAACAAUCUCAUCACCUCGUUUUCACCCCCCUUCUUCCAUUCUUAACCAUCGUGAGCCUGACAAAGAAUUCGCAGACAAAGUUGUCGAGGCUGCGGUAGACGAAGCCCUUAGGCAUUAUCGUUACCCCACAGCCUGGGCACUGCGUCUUCUCUACGACGAAAAUUCAUCCGAUCCUCAUUUCGUGUCUAUGAUUGAGGACAUUUUCCAUCAGCGCGCAGACAUAGACACGAUAAAGGAGUUUAACAGGCUUGUCAGCGACAAGAAAAGGGACGGUAAAAAGGACAACAAAGGCUGUUACUAUUUUGUGCCCCCUUCUACCGGUUCUCGCUUUACGCCUCACAAGCCCAAGCCUGCGCCCUACGCAGAUCUGGUCAAAAUGGAUCUAAGCAUCCUUCCUGAAGACACGCCUGAUGAGCAUGUCAAUAAGAAAGUCAAGCUUGAUCAUCGAGAUGUUGAUGAUCUUGGUGCUAACGAAGAUGAUGAUAAUAAUACGGUGAUGGAUUUGGACGAAGGCAGCAAUCAUGAUUCCAACCAGGCCAACCUUGUCAACCUUGUUGACCAUGUCGACCAUGUCAAUCACGCCAACCACAUCAAGGCAAAUGGUGUCAGCCAUCCUAAAAGUCUCACAGGUAGCAAGUCACCACAAAAAAUCCAACAACAACAAAAGUCACCGGCAAAGUCGCCUCAAAAGUCGCCUAAGUCGCGAAAAACGCGAUCAGGAUCGGUUAGCAGUUCGUCAUCUCUAUCUUCAGUUCCUGAUGAUGUACCCGAUGACUACGAAGAAUACAUGGAUCAGGUGGAUGACAACCUGGGUGUCGCGCGUCCCAUAGCUGCCGAGCCAAAUAAUGCGCAAAUCCCGGCAGGCUCAAGCCAGCCAAUCAGCGGCCACCAGAAGAAACCCGCCGCGAAAAAGAAGAAUGGUGCAUCACCCAAGUAUCCGCCCUCACAAAAGGAUUCCCGCUCAUACCCACCCUCUCGCGAUUCGAGCAUGCCUGCCGUUGUUACUGCCAACGGUUCCCCCCAUCCACCCCAUCACCAUCACAACCAUCAGAACAAGCAACAAGCAUCGUCAAUAACCAGCUUCAAGUUCGCGAGCAGAUUUGGGGAUCUAGAUGAUUCUGAUCUACUUGUUCGCAAAAAGUUGUCCAAGAAGUUGGAGAAUACCAGUACCACUAAGGACAUCUCUGAAGAUAGCUUCAUCCGCCGACCCCUUGACUUGGACAAUCUAUCCUUCGAUCUGGCUGUUCCCCCUCCCCCGCCGCCUCAUGCAGCGGAGCAGAGCCGCUCCUCUCGAACUCCAGCUUUGAGUUCGCGAGCUACCAGAGCGGCUAAGAGACACCAUGACGAGCUUGAUGCUUCCAUCUCGCCCACUGCGCAGUCAUUCAGAGCCGCCGAUCUGGAUCCUCCUUCACCGGCUCGCGGAUCCCGUGCCGCGACGCCUUCCAACCCUCGAUCUAAUAAGAAGCCCCGAGCAGGACUACGCGUGAAGAAUUCACCGAUGAAAAAGAAGGGCACUUCUGCGGGAAUUCCUCGUAGCAAUGGUGAUCGGCCUAGCCCUGUGGGCAACGGACCACCGAACAAUCAGGACGAAAACGACGACUCCUGCUAUACAUGUGGGGGUAAUGGUGAAUUGGUCUGUUGUGAUGGAUGCAACUAUUCCUUCCAUUUCUUAUGCAUCGAUCCUCCCAUGGACCAAGGCCACAUGCCUGAUGAGUGGUAUUGCAACGAAUGCAAAAACCGCCAAUGCCCACCUUUUGGCGAGCAUAUUGGCCCCCUCCGUUCUUUAUUCACCGCCCUGGAUAGGAAGAACCCUAGAGCGUUUCGCCUCCCAGAGGAUGUUCGAGAUCUUUUCGAGGGUGUCCGAACGGGACCUGAGGGCGAGUAUGAAGAGAUUGUCCCUCCCAAGCCCAAGACGAGCAAGAAGGGCGUUGAGGAGCCUUUCGACUUCUUCAAGGUCAGAAACGCGGAUGGCGCAGUACUUUGCCACCACUGCCAGAAGGCAGUAUCGGACAAUCGCCCUAUUAUCCCCUGCUCCGUAUGCGGGCUUCAUUGGCAUCUGGAGUGCUUAGAUCCGCCUUUGGCUGUCCCGCCCGUUCCCCGAACCUGGCGCUGUCCUUGCCAUGUUGAUGACAUUCUUAGCGAGCUACCUGAAAGACUGGCUCCAGCGCAUCGUCACCGCAAGAUCAAGAAUGCACCAGUCAUUGAGCUGGCCUAUAGCAGAGGAAUGGCCAACGAUGGUUGGAUAGAGGUUGAUAACGAUGACAGCGAAGAUGAGGCAUCUGCUUGGCGACGAUACAAGGGCUUCGGUCAGACGCACCGAUUAUCUGCGAAGGGCAUCAAAAUGGAUUUCAUCUCGCGUGUACGCCAGAAUCGUCAACAAAAUUCCGCCCUAGUUGGUUCAUCUAGCCCUGCUCCCACAGUUCAACCCAGUGUACGAAGCAUUGAGGAGCAGCAAGCGGCGUUGAACCUCGCCCAACUAGCUAGCAGCUCUAACGAUGGCCUCGGCAUAAUACGCCAGGCUAUGAUAUCUCAAGCCAGCCCCAGUAUGCUUUCUCUCAUGGCAGCGGGAGAUGCUGCACGCAUUGCCGCAGGCGAUCUAUCCUCGGUAGAUACUGUUAGUCUUGAGGCUAUGCUUCUUCAAGCGGAUUCCAUGAAAGAGGCUAUCCGCCAGGCUCUGCAGAGCCGAAAUUAUCAUGACCCCGGAAACAUCGCUGCUGAGACCGUACUCGAAGGCACGACGCCGGAAGCGCAUCUUUCUAACGAGAGUCCUGAGGACGACAAGACGGUUGUUGCAGAUGAUAAGAACUACGCUCCGAGUAAAGACGCUACCGAAGACUCUAACGCUGAUGAUCGCAAAUCUACCACUGAUGAUUAUACAAUGCAGAUCGACUAAGAAUCACGUCCCUCUAUUCACGCCGUACACGCCGUUGCUCUUUGCGAUGUUUUUAUUGUUUCUUCCGAAGUGGUUAUGACAGGAUCUUGCCUGUCUCAGACCAUAACGCUAUAUGGAUUUCGACGUUCGUGGAAAGUAGGCACGAGAAGAAUUGCAGCCUCAUGCUCACGAUCUGAGAUCCUCGUUGAUUUUCUUUACUCCGUCGACAUACUCCGUCGACAUCAUU